AUGAAGGUGGUGGGAUCCAAUGGUAGGGCUGACCUACUGAGCGACAUUGAACGGGUGGCUGAGUCGUCAAAUAAGUUGGACUUGGCACUAAAUGCGGCCAAGUGUCAACUAUUGACCAAGCAAACAGGUCCCUUAGUUGCGGCCGGUACGUGGGGAGUGUUCGAAUUCAAACCGGUAGAAACUGCCAAGGAUCCUGGGGUAGUGAUGAAAUCGGAUUUCAGCUGGGGCAUCCAAUGCGAGAUCGCUGCUCGCAAGGCACGGGGGUAA